CAGGGAGGGAGGCCCUUUGGCUGCAGGAGAGCAGAGAGGCCUCCCGGCUGCUGCCAGCACGAUGGCUCGGCUGGAUGUGACCGAGGUCUUUGCUAACAUGCGCCUGCCAGGACACCUCCACACCCAGAGCUCUCUCCACUUUGCCAGCAACUUUGAAUUCCACGACUCGGAUGUCCUCCUUGUCACUUACCCCAAAUCAGGCACCACGUGGAUGCAAGAAAUCUUGACCUUGAUCUACAGCAAUGGCAACCUCGAGCCUGUAAAGACUCUUCCCAACUGGGCUCGGGCUCCCUGGUUGGAGCACAGUUAUUUCCAAGAGCAACUUCAGCACAUUGGGUCUCGUCCGCGCCUCCUCACCACCCACCUGACCCGGUCAGCGCUAGCGCCUGCCCUGAAGAAAGCUAAGCCCAAGGUGAUCUAUGUGGUCAGGAAUCCAAAAGAUGUUGCUGUGUCCUACUACCAUUUCCAGAGAAUGGCCAAGUUCUUCCCUGAUCCAACCUCCUUUGAAGACUUCCUUCACAAUUUCAUGGCUGGCACCGUGCACUACGGUUCCUGGUUUGAGCACGUGAAAGGCUGGCUCAGCUGCCAAGAAGAGCUGGGCCUGUUCUGCAUCACCUACGAGGAGCUCCAUCAAGACCUGAAACACUGUGUGGCACAGCUGAGUGCCUUCCUGGACCACCCAGUUGAGCCAGAUCAGGUGGACUGCAUACUGGAGCACUGCAGCUUUGCUGCCAUGAAAGAAAACAUCAUGGUGAAUGGCAAACUUGUUCCUCCUGAGAUCAUGGAUCUUCAGAAAAGCCAGUUCAUGAGGAAAGGUAUUGUUGGUGACUGGAGGAACCACUUCUCCCCCAAACAGAGCGCUCUCUUCAAUGAGAAAUACCAGGAGGAGAUGGGAGGCCACCCCUGGCCCCUCCAGUGGGACAUGGACUGACAGCAGCUGCCCCAAGACCUGGGCUGGCCUUUGCAAGACCUGGGCUGGCCUUUGCACUUGAGCUGUCUCAGGAAGGCAGCUCAAGUGUGGGACUUUCUUCCACUGGGAAAAGUUACUGGGAAGUCGCCCAGCAAGGUGUCAUACCAAUCUGGGGCUGCGAGAUAAUUCUUACACAGUCAUUAAAAGCUGCAUGGUAGCAAA